AUGGCUGACUUAUUGCCUUUCAGUCCGCUCUUCGUAACAUGGAAAUUGGGCCGCGAGAAGAAACUACGCGGUUGUAUCGGAACUUUCAAUAACACUAACCUUCAUCAAGGACUCAGGGAGUAUGCUAUCACGAGUGCGUGCAAAGACAGUCGCUUCGAACCGAUCAAUCCCGACGAGUUUUCCAGACUGCACUGCUCCGUUUCUUUGCUGAUGAAUUUCGAGGUGGCCGAAAACUACCUGGAUUGGGAAGCAAGAAGUUAUUUAUAA